GCCGAGCACAACAGACGAGCUUGGCUUCGAGGACGCUUUCUGCUCUGGGUGCCCUCUCUCUCCUCCUUCGCUCCGUCUGCAGACGCUCUUCUCUGGCCGUCGCUGCAUCUGCUUGACGUCGUCCGCCAGGCCUCUGUCUCUGCCCACCCCUCUCUCUACAUCUAUGAGUACCCCGAGCUCCAUCUCGUACGUCCUCCAGAAGGACUUUGGUGUCGGACCGGCUUUCUAUGACCAGUUUGCCUUCCAAAACAGCGGCGUCCCCGGCGGCUUCGCCUAUUAUGUCGACCGCCCAACGGCCCUCCAGAGCGGUCUCAUCAACGGGGCCGUGAGCCCCGUCGGCUCCGCUGCCCUUGCCGGUGGCGCAACCUACCUCUUCACCGACAACCAGACCGUCGUCCCGGCCACCAGCACCGGUCGCUCGGCCAUCCGCCUCGAAUCCGUCGAUAGGUUUGCCCAGGGGCUGUACAUCUUUGACGUCCAGCAUGUGCCCACAGGCUGCGGCGUGUGGCCGGCCCUGUGGUUCAAAAAGUCGACCAACGCCACGCUCAUUGCCGAGAUCGACAUCAUGGAGACCAUCAACCAGCGUGACCAGAACCACUACAACAUCUACACCGGGCCCGGAUGCUACUCGUCGCCCGCCGACCGGCGCAACCAGACCUCGACCAUCACGGGCGUCAUCUGCGAUGGCAACAUCCCCAAGCAGCCCGACGUCCCCCUUGGAUGCGCCAACAACGACGAGGCCAGCGGCGGCAUCGGCGCCCUCUUCAACCAAAACGGUGGCGGUGUCUAUGCCCUGAACCUGGACCUCAACCAGCUUGCCAUCUACUUCUUCCCGCGCAGCAACAUUCCCACGGACAUUGCCCAGUCCAAGCCCAACCCCUCCACCUGGGGCGAGCCUGAGGUGUACUUCCCGUUCGACUGCUGCUCGCCAGACUAUUUCCAGGACAUGACCUUCAUCAUCGACACCAACUUGUGUGGCUCCUGGCUCUCCAAUGCUGCCGAUGCGGCUUGCCCGAUGACCACGGGAGGCGAGCCCGUCUGCGACGCCUACGUCGCCAACACCCCCUCGGCCUUUGGGGAGGCCUACUGGGCCAUCAACUCCAUCAAGCUCUACCAGCCCACGGCCCUCACUUCCUUCAACCCCGACACGGCCGUGACCUGUCCUACCGGUGCGAUCGUGACAGCGGCCCCACGAACGGGCGUUGCCAUGGCGACUGCAAGCCCGAUUGCCGUCUCGAGUGCUGCCAGCUCAUCGUCCCCGACCACUUCCCCUGGCUCUGCCCCUGCUCCUAUUGCAGUCAAGACCUCGGGCGCCCGAUCUGCCCACCACGUCGGACUCGCCUCGGUGCUGGUGCUCUCGUCCCUUGUGCUGUCGCUCCUGACGACUCUGAUCUAGACUACUACUAUCGUUACCGCCAAUGCUAUUCGUGAAACCGAUUGUCCAC